AUCACGCGGUGCACGCGUCGCCGCUAAAUCAACACUAUCACGUCAAGUGCGAAAACGAGAAUAAUCGCGCGAAUGAGGAAUACAAAAUGGAGACCGGCGGAACCGACCUUCUCCGCGAGGUUCCGCGUCCAUUUAUGGACGGAGAAACUUUACUUCCCCUCAUUCCUCAGAAGCUCUCAGGGGAUGCACUAAGGCCGCAUUCUGGCGGCGUACAGAAUGGAUUUUAAUACGCUAAUAUAAAGAACAUGCGAUCGAUAAGAUCUUUCAAAUAUAUAAAAACGUCUUGCGUAUAACAUUAUAUUGUCACGAAAUAUUAUCACGAAUAGAGAGAUACAAACUUUUAGUGACCAUAUUAGCGACGUGAUUUCGUUUUGACUUGCGUUUUCGUCUCUCUUCACGUGCUUCAGCGGAGACUGAUAACAUUCCACACUUGAAAAAUUCACGAAUAAUCACUAAUAACUCACGACUUAAAGAUAUUCUUAGCCGUUAACGACUUUCUGUCAAGUGCUUGUGGGAGUGUGGUGAUAUGAGCACGGGAGCGUUACGAAGCACUAUAAAAGGGGGGUGGCAUUUCGCGGAGCUGCAGACCAAGACGCCAUCACCAUGCGCACACUCUCCGCUCUGCUGUUCGGAGCCCUGCUCGCCGUAGGCUGGGCCCAGAAGGACCCCAACUGGACCGAAGGGCGAAGCACCAUCGUCCACCUCUUCGAGUGGAAGUGGUCCGACAUCGCCUUGGAAUGCGAGCGCUUCCUGGGCCCCUAUGGCUACGCGGGUCUUCAGACCUCGCCCGCCAACGAAAACGUGGUGAAGAGCGGCCGUCCGUGGUGGGAGCGCUACCAGCCCAUCUCCUACAAGCUGGUCACCCGCUCCGGAGACGAGGCCGCGUUCGCAGACAUGGUGCGCCGCUGCAACAACGUCGGCGUCAGAGUCUACGUAGACGUACUGAUAAACCACAUGGCUGCCGACGAUAAUAACGCGCGUGGAACUGGGGGAUCCACGGCAGAUCCUAACAACAAGCAGUUCCCUGCUGUGCCAUACGGUCCUGGAGAUUUUAAUCCGUCUUGCAACAUCAAUAAUUACAACAACGCAGCGGAGGUACGCAACUGCGAACUAGUUGGUUUGAAAGACCUGGAUCAAAGCAAGGAGUGGGUGCGCGACAAAGUCGUAGAGUUCCUUGACCACCUCGUUGAUUUAGGCGUCGCCGGAUUCCGGUAUGAUUAUGACAACAAUUUUGGUUUUGCUAAGAUUUACGCGAACCGUAAACAUUCAUCGAAGAACUAUUUUUUUCGCAGUGUGGACGCAGCUAAGCACAUGUGGCCCGGAGACUUGGAAAUAAUCUACGGCAGAGUGAAGAACCUUAACACUGACCAUGGAUUCGCAGCAGGCGCCCGACCUUUCUAUUUCCAAGAAGUCAUCGAUAUGUAUGGAACGGAAGCUGUGCACAACUACGAAUACACCAGUUUCGGUCGAGUGACGGAGUUCAGAUAUGGUCUCGAACUGAGCGGAGUUUUCGGAGGCAACAACGCACUCAAGUGGCUGACUAACUUUGGACCACAAUGGGGCCUUAUGGAUGGUGAUGACGCAUUGGCCUUCAUUGACAAUCACGACAACCAAAGAGGCCAUGGUGGAGCUGGAUCCAUUUUGACAUACAAAUCCUCAAAGCAGUACAAAAUGGCUGUGGCAUUCAUGCAAGCCUGGCCGUACGGCGUCACUCGCGUCAUGUCCAGCUUCGAUUUCUCUGAUACCGAUGCCGGCCCCCCAGCUGACGGCAACGGCAACAUCAAGGACGUGAUCGUCAACAGCGACCUCACCUGCGGCAACGGCUGGGUGUGCGAGCACCGCUGGAGGCAGAUUUACAUCAUGGUUGGCCUUUCGAAGAAGUCGCACCUGAAUACUGGCCUGCCGCAAGGUACAUAUUGCGACCUGAUCUCCGGCCUCAAGUCCGGCAGCAGCUGCACUGGAAAGAGCGUCACCGUGGGCAGCGAUGGGAAGGCGUACAUCGAGAUCAAGACUUCGGAAGAUGACGGUGUCCUUGCAAUUACCUUUGACUCCAAGAUAUAAUAUGGAGGUAUUACAUCUUGAAGAAAAGUGUCUGGCUGUGAAUGUAAAAUAAACUACUCAUUAUAAACCUAAUAAAUAUAUUUCCAAUGUAUUUUAUAAAAUAAUCGUUAUUACUUUGUAUUAUGCAUCAAACACUUUUAAAUAUCCACAACAUCCAGAAAUCGUGUUUUCAGUGUUUGGUUAUAUCCACGGAUUGUGCAAAAAAAUUGUUAUGAAAUGUUGAAUAUUAGUGACAUUGAUAGAAACUCAUUUUUGAUUUGUUUUAUUAAUGUGCCAAUUCUUCAUCAGUAGUUCUGUUUAAAAUGUCUUAAUAAUACGUUAUAUGACAGUGAUUGGAUCACAAGAACACCUUAUCAAAUGAGGUUUUUAUAAUGACAGUACUCCAAGCUCUUUGUAAAUAAUGAACUGAUAACAUAUAAAUAUCUUUCGACAAUUUUAUUUUCAAACACAAUAUGAUAAACUAACGUGAUAUGAUAAUGAUGAUUAUCUCUGGAAUGAUAAUUAAUUGAUAACUUUACCAUAAACAAUUAUUUUCC